UGACAGCUGUAGCCAGCAGCUCCGGAUGACAACAAAAAUAGUCGAAUGUAGCUGAGAUGGUGCAAAGGGGAAAUCUUUAAACGUCAACGGCCAAGGCUGCAGGGUUCUGUGUUUCUGUUCGCAGCUUAUCGUGUGUAUUUCUCGACACCAAACCACAGAGUAAGUGACAAGACAGCAAAAAGAGCCAGUGAGAAGAAGCAGUGCUUGGCAGGAGCAUUCAGAAAAAGUUUGUGCUGAAAAUGCAAGUAAAUGAAACUUGACUCUUAACCCGCGGGUCCAAAGUUCUUGAGUGAGUAGAUCAUAACUUGUUAUUACCACCAAAGUUCUACAAACACACACGUGCGAAUAAAAAGAAACCAUGUAUGCCACAGAUAUCAGAAGAUAAAGUACUGCACAGCGCCUGGCAAACAGGAAAAUAAAAAGAAGAAAUGCACAGAGUGGUCUGCUAUAUUUGGGAGAGUUUGUGUCACCCUUACUAACAAUCUCAGUGCAUAAUGUGACAGUAACAGGAUUUAGCAAACUCACGAUUAUGUUUAAAAGCUAAAGACAGCAAAAGGAAGCACGACUCCAGCGCGUCAUUCUGGGUGUUAGGCAUGUAAGCAGGAAACAAGGGUUUCCUCUUGGAUUAACCGAAGAGGAGAAAAUCCACAGGAGCUAAAUGUGCUUUCCAGAGAGCACCUUGUCCUAACGCCGGAGCCACACAAAAAUGUCACUUGGGUCCUCUGCCGCGCCAUCAUCUGUGAUCCUGGUGCUUAUUCUGGUGAAGUGCACCUCUGGGUUGGAAGUACGCCACAAGUUCACCUCGCCCUCCUUGACCAACAACUUUGUGAUAGACCGGGAUCAUGGCAAAGUUUAUGUGGCCGCAGUCAACCAGCUCUACCAGCUGCGUAGCCUUGACCUGCAUCUUGAGGCGGAGGACAAAAAUGGGCCAGUCAUGGACAGUUUUAUAUGCCACGCACCACAAUUAAAAGCCAAGUGUGAGCACCCACUUAACUUGACUGACAACUACAACAAGAUGCUACUGUUGGACUCUGAUCAGGGAAUUCUCGUCGUCUGUGGCUCCGUCUACCAGGGUUUCUGCGAACUGAGGAGAAGGGACAACAUCUCUGUGAUUGCCUUACCUUUCCCCGAAAACUCAAGUCUCGCUACUGAUCGGAUUUUCCCCAGCUUACUGACUGUUGCUGCCAACAGUCCCGACGCUUCCACCGUGGGGCUUGUUCUUAAACCAUCCCAGGGGGACACGAAGUUAUUAGUAGGAGCCACAUACACAGGGAUGGGUAGCCGCUUCUUUCCAAAGAACCUUAACAAGUUAGACCUGAGAUUCGAAAAUACUCCGGAGAUCGCUGUCCGCUCUCUUAACCUGAGUGAACCCUCUCGACUCUUUACCUAUUCUAUAAACCCCUCGGAGGACAAUGUCUUCAAAAUCAAGCAGGAGGCCAAAUCCAAGAAUCUGCUGAGUUUUGUGCGAGCUUUUAAUCACAAUAAUUUUUCAUAUAUCGCGUUCAACAACGAUGCCACCCUGGGAGACAAGGAAAGCCACCCUAACAGCAUACUGGCUCGCAUCUGUCUUGAACCUCAGCUUUUCAAAGGCGUUGGCCAUUGGGAAGCUAAGAAACUGACAGAAUCCUACAUCCAGAUGGGGCUUCAAUGUGGGGCGGACAAGGACGUCUACAAUCGACUGCUCUCAGUCUCUGAAGUCCAGAGACAAGGAUCUAAGGAACGGGGCACAUCAGAUCUUCUUUUUGGGGUCUUUGAGAAAUCUACCCGAGUCUCAGCCGCACUCUGUGUAUUCCACUUCCCAGAUAUUGAAAAUAAGAUAAGGCAUGCUCGGAACAGUUGUUUUAGCAUCAAUUCCAACUCAAAAGAGGAGGUAACCGUAAUGGAAGAGGCGAUCCAAGGUAGUGGACCAAGCUGUAAACCAGGAAAUAUGGUGUUGAGACAAGAGCAGCUGGAUUGUGGAGCUGCCCAUCUUCAUCAUCCACUGGCCAUAAAAGGGCCACUUAAAGCACGUCCCUUGUUUCAGUACCAAUGGCUGACAUCAGUGGUGGCAUCCAGUGUUAAUGAUCAUGUUGUCGUGUUCCUUGGGACAGCUAAUGGACAACUUCUAAAGCUCACCUUCGAUAACAAUUUGACAUUCCUGAGUCAGCAGAACAUUUCUGCGGCCUUCAGAGAAUCCGUUCAUCACACCAUGGCCUUGGACCCCAAAGACAACCGAUACCUCUUUUUAAUGACAUUUUACCAGAUGAUGCUUGUAAAGGUUGAUAACUGUGAUGCCUAUACCACAUGCGAGGACUGCUUAAGAGCUGCUGAUGCCUACUGUGGUUGGUGUACUCUUGAAAGCAGGUGUUCUUCAAAACAGGAGUGCACCGAUGCAAACAAGAGGAUGUACUGGACAGGCUUAAGCCAAGGCAAGCAGAAGUGUCCAUCAAUGAACAUCACACAGUCACACAUCAACAAAGCUGAAACUAUAACAAUGAUUGUAAUAACACUGUUGGGGAAUAUUCCAAAUCUGACUGACAUGAAUGUAUCUUGCAAAUAUGGAACUGUCACUAAGAAAGCAGCUAAUCACAGCCAGGAGCUUGUUACUUGCCCAUUUCUGCCACGUCACAAAUACCCAGACUUUCCUCACAAGCAAGCUUAUGUAGAACUUCCCAUCACUCUGGAAGUCAACGGUACAAGUAUUGUAAAAGACGUUAUUAUCAUCUAUGAUUGUGAAAGAAAUGGAUUAGUAAACCCAAAGUCAUCGUGUACUAGCUGUCUUGAAACAAAAUGGAAAUGUAACUGGUGUAAUAGUUUGCACAGCUGUGUCUCCAACACAACAGACUGUAAGGAUAUUCUGCAGAAUUCUACUCAGUGUCUGCAGGUGGUAAACAGCCAUGUUGAACCCAGAACAACAGGAAUAAGUCAGUCCAUUACAGUUACACUUACAGGCACCACUGCCUCCCAGGGAGCUCUGGAAUGUGUUUUUGGAGAGGACAAAGUGUUUGAGGCCAGAUGGGAAAACUCUUCUACAGUUGUGUGCAAAGAUGUUCAGUUGUCUACAAUAGACAGACAGCGAUCGUUUUCAUUAAACCUCAGACUGAAUAGCUCAGGAAAAUUUAUUGAUAAUCCAGAAGACUUGAAAGUGGAGGUGUAUAACUGUAGUGUUGGAAGCCUGGACUGCUCACAGUGUCUAGGGAGAGCAGACCAAGGGCACAGAUGUUCCUGGUUGGAGGGUAGCUGUAAGCAGCAAAAUAAAUUGGGAGUAUCUGAUGACAGCUGUCCUGCUCCAGAGAUUCAGAAGAUUUCACCCUCCACUGGCCCCUUGGAAGGAGGAACUUUGCUUACAAUUAAAGGAAGGAAUCUAGGUCGCAGGAUCAGUGAUAUCAUUGACGCUGUUAGAAUUGGAGAAGUGAAGUGCAGCGUUCUUCCUAAACAAUACAUUGUUUCAGCACAAAUCGUCUGCAGAACUGGGAAGGCUGAAAUAGAAUUUUCAGAUCGAGUAAUUGUGAAUAACAGCAAGGAAGGGAUAUCAGAGGAGGAGUUUUCAUACCGGAAGCCAUUGGUCACUAGCAUUGAGCCUGACAGUGGCCCCAAAGCUGGAGGAACGAAAGUAACCAUCUUUGGUAGUAACCUUCAUAUUGGGUCAGAAAUUCAAGUUUUGGUCAAUGGUACAAAAAAGUGUGCACUCAUAAUGCACAGCAGUGAUACUAUAAAGUGCACCAUGCCAUCUAUGCAGAUUACGGGGUCCGGAAAUGUGUCCAUAUGUGUUCAGUUUGAAGGAAAUCCCUGCAUUAAUAGCUCCAAAUUUACCUAUAAGGAAAAUCCAGUUAUAAAUGACAUUCGACCAAAAAAGAGCCAUAUAAGUGGUGGAAGAAUCAUUACAGUGGAAGGAAAGCAGUUUGAACUUGUUCAGCAAGUCUCUAUGGUUGUCCAGAAUUUUGGUAAAGAAAUAACGAACUGCAUGGUUCAGAGUAAUACACAAAUCACAUGUCCUUCUCCAGCAGCCUCUGAUGUCACAGCACACGAGCCAGCAGUUGUGGACUUCUAUAUCAAUGGUGUCCUUUAUGAAGCUGAUACCAGUUUUGACCAAAGACCAGUUGUCUAUCGGAAGGAUGCCUAUACAUAUAAGACAUUUGGUUUGGAAUACCAUCAUGAUCCACAGUUCUUUGCAGCCAAGAAAGAGAAGUGGAUCAAGCACUACCGAGGAGACCCACUAGCACUUCUCAUACACAAAGAGCCUGAUGAUUUAGAACUAAGUCAAGAAGAAUAUAAAGUGAAGACGGGUCCCUUUCCUUGUCAAAUUGUGAUUGUUAAAGAUAAAGAGAUUCACUGCACGGUAAAUGACUCACUGAACACAGACCAGAGUCAGCUACCUGUUAUAGUUCAUGUUGGGAAAUUUAACCAGACAAUAGCUACUGUUCACUUUGGUGGAAGUGAAACGGCCAUUAUUGUAUCAAUCGUCAUCUGCAGUAUCUUGCUUUUGCUGUCUGUAGUAGCUUUGUUUGUGUUCUGUACAAAGAGUCAAAGAGCAGAGAGGCACUGGAAGAAAACAUUACUUCAAAUGGAUGAAAUGGAGUCUCAGAUCCGAGAAGAAAUUCGCAAAGGUUUUGCAGAACUGCAAACAGACAUGACAGACCUUACCAAAGAAUUAAAUCGUAGUCAAGGAAUCCCCUUCCUGGAGUAUAAAGACUUUGUAACUCGCACCUUCUUUCCCACCACUUCAUGUGAAAUUCAGGCAAGGUGUAUGCAGCCUGUCUAUGAGAACUGCGCCCCCAAAAUGUACCCAAACAAAGAGUGCCAGCCUCUUCUUUUGAAUGAAUGGAAGAUUCCAGAAAAUGGCAGAUCUAAUGUGGAGGAGGGUAUUACAUUGUUCUCUACUUUACUCAGCAACAAGCAUUUCCUAAUAACCUUUGUCCAUGCUCUGGAGCAACAAAAGGAUUUUGCUGUCAGAGACAGGUGUAACCUGGCAUCCUUGCUCACUAUCGCACUGCACGGGAAGCUAGAAUACUACACUAGUAUAAUGAAAGACCUCCUAGUGGACCUGAUAGAUGCUUCUGCCUCCAAGAAUCCCAAACUUAUGCUGCGGAGAACAGAGUCUGUAGUGGAAAAGAUGUUAACUAACUGGAUGUCAAUCUGCAUGUACAGUUACCUCAAGGAGACAGUAGGAGAACCAUUCUUUCUGUUGCUCUGUGCCAUCAAACAACAAAUCAACAAGGGAUCGAUAGAUGCCAUCACUGGCAAGGCUAGGUACACACUCAAUGAGGAGUGGCUGCUCAGGGAAAACAUCGAAGCCAAACCUGUGCAGAACCUUAAUGUGUCCUUCCAAGGAUGUGGCAUGGAUUCUCUAACUGUGCGAGUGAUGGAUACAGACACCAUUUACCAGGUGAAAGAGAAGAUUCUGGAAGCUUUCUACAAAAAUACUCCAUUCUCCCAGAGGCCUAAAGUGGAGGACGUGGACCUUGAGUGGUUUGCAUCAGGCAAUGAUAAUCGAAUCCUUCGGGAUCUGGACAACACUUCAGUUUUAGAGGAUGGAAGAAAGAAGCUUAACACAGCUCUCCAUUACAAGAUUCCUGAUGGUGCUUCACUGGCCAUGAGUCUGAAAGACAAGCGUGACAACACCUUGGGAAGAGUGAAGGAUCUGGACACAGAAAAGUAUUUCCACUUGGUUAUCCCAACUGAUGAUCUUGCAGAGACAAAAAAACCCCUACGGCAGAGUCAACGAAAGAAGGUGCUUCCAGAGAUCUAUUUAACUAGGUUACUAUCUACUAAGGGUACACUACAGAAGUUUUUGGAUGACUUAUUCAAAGCCAUCCUUGGUGUUCCACCAGAAAACCCCCCGGUUGCCAUCAAGUAUUUCUUUGAUUUCUUGGAAGAACAAGCAGAAAAGCGUGGCAUCACAGACCCAGACACACUACACAUCUGGAAGACAAACAGUUUACUUCUGCGAUUCUGGGUCAACAUCCUGAAAAAUCCACAGUUUGUGUUUGACAUUGACAAGAGUGACCACAUGGAUGCUUGUCUGUCUGUCAUAGCUCAGGCUUUCAUUGAUGCUUGCUCUCUUUCUGACCUGCAGCUCGGAAAGGACUCUCCCACUAACAAGCUGCUGUAUGCCAAAGAAAUUCCUGAAUACAAAAAGGCUGUACAGACCUUUUACAAACAGAUCCAAGAAAUGACACCUCUUAGUGAACAAGAAAUGAAUGCCCAUUUGGCAGAAGACUCUUGGAAAUACAGAAAUGAGUUUAAUACAAAUUUUGCCAUAACAGAAACAUAUAAAUAUGCCAAGAAGUAUCGCAGUCAGAUUGGGAAUGCUCUGGAAGCAAAUGCCACAACCAAACGAACUCAACUACAGCACAAAUUUGAGCAGGUCUUUGCACUCAUGGAGGACAAUAUUUAUGAAUGCUGCAGUGAAGCCUGAAACGAAAUGCUGCAAGAAACUUGUUGAACAUUACAGAAAGUAUCACUGCACUGCUUAUUGUGAAAAUCACCUACCUAUGGAUCUUUAUUUAAAGUUUUAUACCAAGAAAAGGUCUUCUUCUAGAACCAAGAAGAGGAUAUUUAAGGGAACAUGCUGUGAAUUGCAGGACUAAACAGAAUUACAUUAUAAGGAAGUGGAAGGAUGGCGGGUCCAUUGCAUUUUUUACAGAACUGUUCGUUAUUCUUUGCGGAGUUUAAAAGGACAGUGUUUGCACUAGUUACUGCAAGAGAUUUAUGUGAACAUGGAGAUGUAUUGGCACAGCUUCAGUUAAAGAACUAUUUGACUUAGUACAUAUUAAGAAAGAGAUAAUGUAUUUGAUUUUUUAUUUUUAAAAGAAAAUGUAUUUUUUCAGUAUUCAAGAUUCAGUAUUUUCCAUGUGUACUGUUUUUAAGUCUUAGGGCCAAAGGCAAUAUAAUCCCACAGGGCCAUGACCCUGUUGGAUCUGCAGGGAGUUAUGUUACGUGCACUGGAAUCUGAGCAGAAUAUCAAAUACAUUCAUAUUGUAAAUAGUA